AAAACAAAUCAUAUCACUAGCUAGCCUACCACAACCUUUUACUUUUCAAACCAAACUAGAGUAUAAGUAGGAGUACAACACAGUGCUAGUGAAAAAUAUCCACAUUUAAGUAUAACCCUUAAGUUUUCACAAGAAAAAUUUAACUAACCCUAUUGCGGAAAAAUGGGUUCUAUUGCCAAUGAGCAUGCAUCACAAGAACUAGUUGAUGCAAAGACACAUUUAACAAACCAUUUUCUAUCACAUCAAAAAGGCAUGGCUUUAAAGUGUGCCCUUGAACUAGGCAUUCUAGAAGUCAUACAUAACCAUGGCAAACCCAUAACUCUAAGUAAGCUAUCCAAUUCACUUUCUAUUCAUCCUAAUAAAACAUCUUCAUUAUCUAGAAUUAUGAACCUUCUAGUUCAUUGUAACUUCUUCACUAAGCAAACAUCAUCCAUUAAUGGAGAAGAGGAAGAAAUUGAAGCAUAUGAUCUUACUCCAAAUUCCCAUAUUUUGUUAAAGGAUCAUCCUUUAAGUUUAGCCCCAUUAAGCCGUUUUGUGUUUAAUCCUGAUUCGAUCAAACCCGGGUUUUAUCUAAGCAGUUGGUUUAAGAAUGAAGAUGAGAGUCCUUUUCAUAGUGCUCAUGAAAAGAGUUUUUGGGAAUAUGGUGCACAAGUUCAUGAGUACAAUGAGGUUUUUAAUGAAGGAAUGGGAAGUGAUUCUAGAUUUUUGGCAAAUACUUUGGUGAAUAAUAGAGAAUUUAAGGAAUUAAUGGAGGGGAUUGAGUCAUUAGUUGAUGUUGGUGGUGGUGAUGGAACCCUAGCUUCCGCCAUUGCUAGGGCUUUUCCUAAGGUGAGUUGUACUGUUUUUGAUCUUCCACAAGUUGUUAAAGGAUUGAAAUCUGUUGAGAAGAAUUUGAAGUUUGUUGAAGGUGAUAUGUUUGAGGGUGUUCAUCCGGCUCAAAUAGUCUUACUCAAGAAUAUAUUGCAUGAUUGGAGUGAUGAUCUAUGUGUAAAAAUACUUGAAAAAUGCAAAGAGGCAAUUCCAAGCAAAGGAGGGAAGAUAAUAAUCAUAGAUAUGGUUUUGGAUCCCAACAAUUACACAAGCAAUGAAUCUCUUAAUAAACUAUUGUUAGACAUGCAGAUGAUGAAUCUUAUGAUUGGUGGAAAGGAAAGAACUGAGCAGGAAUGGAACAACAUUUUCAUCAAUGCUGGUUUUAGUCACUAUAACAUCCUUCCCAUUCAAGGCCCACAAUCUGUCAUUAUGGUCUAUCCUUGAAUGCUUUUUCAUGGAUAUAACUCUACAAGUCUACAUAUUCAUAAAUCAUAACAUAAAAGAAUUUUAAAUCACAAAUAAUAUAUAACUUUAUUUUGGGUUAUAAAUUUUUAUAUGAGGCUUAAAUUCUACUUUGAGCCACAUUUUUUAUUGUGUUACUGUUACACUGAAAUUAUUAACGCCUAAAACGCUUUUUCGGGUAGUAUAUAUAUAAUUAAAUAUAAGUUUAGACUUGAAGUUUUCAGAAUUUGGAUAACAUAAUUUUUGUAUAUUACAAGAAAAAGCGUAAUUUUGAGCGUUAAAAAUUUUAGAAAUCAAAUACGGGAACAUAGUAAAAAGUGUGACAUCAAACUAAUUAUUUGUGAUGAAAUAAUUUGGCUUCAAGGUAGAAUCUGAGCAUCAAGAAAUAAAAGUAUAACUCAAAUUUACAAAAUUUGUCGUUUAAGAUUCUAUUUUCUUAUGUAUAUGUGUUAUUGUAGUUUCACUAAAUUGUAAUGUUGUUUUUUGUUAUUGUAUCGUGACUCAAGAGUGUCAUUGUUCUGUGUUAUCAUCCUUUCUUUUUAAAUUAGGGGCCGGGGCACUUGUGCAAGUGGGCAAGUCCCUUUGUCCUCCUUACAAAAUAAUAAUACAUUGGCUUCUUGAA